CGCGUGAGAGGGAUGACUUGCGUCGCGGCGGCUUUUGGGACGGCCCGAUCUUUUCCCCUCGACGUCGACGGAUCCUCCUUUCUAACGUCCGAAGCGACAUGCUUCGACGCAACGCGCGAGUCCUUCUCCCCACGCACCAAAGACGACGGACACCCCUCCUUCGCAACAUAAAUUUCCUCACGCUUCGACGCGAAGCGCGGUGAGUCCUCUCGAGCGCCCUGACGAUGCGAUUCGGAAGAAUCCUCUCGAGCUCCUCAACGGGACUCGGCC